AUGAGUACUACUGAUGUAAGCAAUAAUAACAAUGCAGAGACGCAGCCAACAACUUUGAUCGAGGCGGAAGUUGCUCUAGACAUUGAACAAAUCGUUCAAGGGGAAGUCCAACGAGCCGUACAAGAAGUCAUUGAAACACAGCAUCAGCAGCCUUUGCAAGAAAGACCACUGGCGAUCGUUCUAUCUUCGGAAAGUAAUGGUUUAAAUUCAGAAGACGGAAACAAUGGACGCCCUCCAGGAGAAAGUGAUGGAAAGAUCUGCGGUCUUUCAAGAAUUGCGUUCUUCAUUGUACUUUUUGCUGCAGUUGUGACAGCCAUUGCCGUGGGCAUUGCAGCACCAUCAUUCGUUGGUGAUGAAGCGUCUUUACCCGUCGUAACUGUUGCACCAAACAUGUCCCGAACCAUGGCUCCAUCGAAUGCUUCAACCACCCUGCUGUUAAACCUUCUCUAUCCUAGCAAGACAGUAGAGGAUCUUUCGCCAGCACAGUUCAAUGCCACUCUAUGGGUUGUUGACGAGGAUUCGUUUGAAUGGAACGAACCAAAUGAGCUGCUGGAGCGACAUGCACUGGCUACCUUCUACUUUGCAACGGGCAAUACGAAUACUACCCCCGAAUGGCUGGCAAGCGACAUUUCUCAUUGCGAAUGGGAAUUUGUGUCAUGCAACGAAAAUGGUUCCGUCCUUAGUUUGCAGUUGGAAUUUAAAGGACUCCAAGGAAGUCUUCCAGCGGAAAUUGGAAGGCUUAGCAGUUUGGAAGAACUAUUACUACCUGGCAACCGUCUCAAUGGGCAGCUGCCGACGGAGCUCUACAGUUUGACCAUGCUAACGUGGCUGAAUAUUGGUGGGAACAUGUUGUCCGGAUCCCUUGACAAUAUUGGACAACUCACAAGGCUACGCGGGCUUCUAUGUGAUGGAAAUCGCUUUCAAUCUAUCCCGAACGAAAUGGCAAAGUUACAGUUCCUGGAAGUGCUGAAAUUCAUUGGCAGUGGGUUGAACUCCACAAUCCCGGCUAAUCUCCCAAGCAGUCUCACGUCUCUGAACCUUGCCAAUAACAAACUACAAGGUAGCAUUCCAUUCCUGAGUGCACUCAGCAAUCUACAGGAUCUGACCUUGUCCUACAAUAACCUAAGUGGACAGAUACCACCGACGGGUGAAAUGACAGCUUUAACCUGGAUGUUGCUCACCGACAACCGUUUGGAUGGUAGCCUAAAUUCCGAAUUUGGAAAUAUGGUGCGUCUUGAAUAUUUCAAUGCUGCCAACAAUCUAUUGAACGCUUCAAUUCCAUCCGAAGUCUUUGGGAUCAGUACCUUGACAUCCUUACGACUGGAAAACAACUUGCUGAGCGGGCCAUUGCCCACUGACAUGUCCACUUUGCGCCGAUUGCGAUUUCUAUAUCUUAAUAAAAAUAGGUUGAGUGGUCCAAUUCCUGAAUCCAUUGGGAACUCAAUGGUAGGUCUUUCCAGCUUGGAACUGGGGUACAAUCAGUUCACAUCAACACUGCCGAGUGAGCUAUCCAAGCUCAAUCUAAGAAUGUUUGAUGUACGGGAAAAUCUGUUGACAGGAAGUGUACCUGCCUCAUUCAAUCGAUGGUCUUUGAUACGAGCAGCCUACUUUUAUUCCAACAAUUUCACGGGUGGAUUGGAAAAUCUUUUCUGCGAUGGUCGUAACAGCGCCAGGAUCGUUGAAGCGGAUUGCGAGCUUACCUGCACAUGCUGCACGGGAUGCAAGUGA